ACCUUUCUUCUCAUCCUCCAUCUCGUUCGUCUCCACAACCUUGCCCGAACCUGAACCUUAACCCGAGCCAUAGCAUCCGACCCAAACUCCUAACCUAACCUAACCUAACACCGUUACAGUUAUGGGAACGGAGAGUUAUACCUAUAUGGGACGGAGUUUCAACGAAUUCACCAUCAACGACGAUUCUACUUCCUCCGCUUUCAGCGACUGUAACAGUGAUAGAUCCGGCGAAUUCGCCACCACUUCUUCUCAAUCCCGACGACUCAUUAUCGCCUGCGCUUCGGAAGAUUCCGAUGAUCUCAUCCGUCAACUCGUAUCCGAUCUUCACUCCUCUUCAAUCGAAGAACAGAAACAAGCCGCCAUGGAAAUUCGGUUAAUCGCGAAGAAUAAACCGGAAAAUCGAAUCAAAAUCGCGAAAGCCGGUGCGAUUAAACCUUUAAUUUCACUCGUGUCUUCACAAGAUCUUCAGCUUCAAGAAUACGGCGUCACUGCAAUUUUGAAUCUCUCUUUAUGCGACGAGAAUAAAGAGCUUAUAGCUUCAGCCGGAGCGAUUAAGCCGUUAGUUAGAGCGUUAAACUCAGGAACUUCAACUGCGAAAGAGAACGCAGCCUGCGCGUUACUUCGUCUCGCGCAAGUGGAAGGGAACAAAGCGGCGAUUGGAAGAUCCGGUGCUAUUCCGUUACUAGUGAACCUUCUAGGAAGCGGCGGAAUCCGCGGGAAGAAAGACGCGUCAACGGCGCUGUACACGCUUUGCACGGUAAAGGAGAACAAGAUGAGAGCGGUGAAAGCGGGGAUUAUGAAGGUUUUGGUUGAAUUGAUGGCGGAUUUUGAAUCGAAUAUGGUGGAUAAAUCAGCGUACGUUGUGAGUGUUUUGGUGUCGGUGCCGGAAGCAAAGACGGCACUGGUGGAGGAAGGUGGCGUUCCGGUGUUGGUGGAGAUCGUGGAAGUUGGAUCUCAGAGACAGAAAGAAAUCGCGGCGGUUAUUCUGUUACAGAUUUGUGACGACAACAUGACGUAUCGAACCAUGGUGGCUCGUGAAGGUGCCAUUCCUCCUUUGGUUGCAUUGACGCAAUCCGGCACUAAUCGCGCAAAACAAAAGGCUGAGAAACUAAUUGAGCUUCUGAGGCAGCCAAGAUCUACACGUAGUACAUCAGAAAUAGUACUAGCAUAGAUCCUAGCAAUUAAGGUGGUAAGUGUCAAUCCCACACGUGCGGGUUUAGGUGUAAACGUGUGGUUCUUGAAGAGAGACAUAGAUAUUGUGUUUGUAAAUAUCUUCUUAACGGAGAAGCUUUGUAAAGUUUGUGGUGUAAAUGAUACGAGUUUGUUGAGUUUGA